CUCGACCUUACAAUAGGAACAGUCAAACACAGACCACAUCCGCCAAAAUGCCUCAAGCCCAGCCCGAGUUGAAGAAGUACAUGGAAAAGCGGGUCUUCUGCCAACUGAACGGCAACCGCAAAGUUAUCGGCAUCCUGCGAGGCUAUGAUGUGUUCAUGAACAUUGUUCUCGACGACGCUUUCGAGGAGAAGCAGGGUGGAGAGAAGGUUGCUAUCGGCAUGGUUGUCAUUCGCGGUAAUUCGGUUGUUAUGCUCGAGGCUCUGGAACGUAUCAGCGACAAAUAAACUGUCGGAGUGGUCGGAAACUCAAUGUCUUUUUUGAAACUUCUCUGGGAUUGAUUUAAUACAAUAAGGAGUUCACGGGUCGGUUGCUCGCACGGAAUGAUCGAUGGCAUCUCGCUUUCCACAAAAGAACCGCUUCAUUUACGAGAAAAUAUACGUGCGACCUUCUGGAAGACCAGAUAUGACAGUUUCGGGGAGGUAUAUUGACCCGCAGAAAUGAUCCAUGACAGCUAUCAUCUAUCAUCUCUCGGCAAACAAUCAAUGCCCAAAUCCCACCAGCAAUAACAUGGGCCACUGAACCAGAUACCCUGUGGAGAUAACCCAGAAUAGAAGAAUAAAAAAUCGUCUGAGAGACAUUAAGAAGAACAAG